AUGGCAGACCCUUCUCAACAUACUGGCCUAGCCGCCACCUGGACCUUACAAACCGGAAACCCUCCCCCAACUGAGUGGAUUGCCUUACUCCAGAAUGGACGAAGCUCCGAAUCCCUAGCCGAUGGUGUCUUUAUGCCAGACGACCGUUGCAUAGUGGAUCCGGUUGAUUACAAGGACGGCGGGAAGUAUCGCUCCAUCGUCAAAUUACAAAUGACUUUCGAGGGUAUGCCUCCCAAAAUGGCAACCAUGGGUACCGGCUGGCUAAUUCGCCCGGAUAUUCUUGUGACUUCUGGACAGUGUGUCUACGACCACGACGGAAACGAUGGUCAGGGAUAUGGCCGGGUUAGCACCAUGCACUGCCACAUUGGGUACAAUGGUCGCGACUCUCUGAAAGGUCCGUCUGUGCAGAGUCGAUAUGCGAAGAAGAUUGUGACCACUGGCGAGUGGAUCGACAGUCGAGACAAUAUUAAUCGCGAUGUUGCCUUUGUGAAGCUUGAUGUGCCAUUCACAGGCAACCUGUGCAAUUUUUCAUAUGCUGAAACUCCGAUGAAAAGAACUGAGUUAAUCGGUAUUGUUGGAUAUCCGGGUGAUGAGCACCUUACGGAUGAAGAGUGGGUUGAUGAGAUUGGCGCUCAGAUGUAUGAGUUAUUCCAUGAUAUCAGGUUCGACCUAGAAGAUCAUCCCUCCCAUAUACUACAGCACCGUGUGUCUGCAUACAGUGGCCAGUCUGGAUCUCCUAUCCUCUGUAAGAGGACUCAAGUAUCUAUUGGUACCCACUGUUCCAUUUUAGGUGAUAAGAAUUCUGCCAGUACUAUCAGAGGUCAAUAUGGGAUUGACUAUGAUGCCUAUAUCUCGGCCUUAACCACAUGCUAUCCAAUAAUCAAAUCUAUUGAUUGUAUCAACUUUGUUAAGCCCAGCAAUCUGGCUACUACCACCAAAGUUCCCAAUCUCCCCUCUCAUAACACCCUGUCCCCAGACCUUAUGAGUAAGGGGGACUUCCUCAAUGCUCUCCAGUCUGUUAUUGGUGUUAAUGCUUGGGUAGGAGAGGUUAAUAAAUCAAUUACCUCCAUGUCUCCCCUGCUUGAGCCGCUUGAUGGGCCGCUUGAUGGGCCGCUGUCAGCUGUAGCCGGUUCUGCCCUCGCAGCCAUUAUCCAAGCCGCUGGCACUGAGUCUGAUUUCGUGAGCACUACCCAAGCAACUCAUGGGGCAACAGAGCGUGCUGUCCUCGCCGAGUCAAUACUGCAGUCCGUCCUCAGAAUCGAAGACACCGAGCUGAUGGAGAAACUCAUGCACAACAUGCGAAUUACUUACUCUGAGCUGGCCCCGCAUGUCACCAACAUUGCCGCCAAAAUGACACAUCUUCUGAAGGAUUCUGCACUGACUAUCGCCGCCACCCAGGACUCUGUGAGGAAGAGCGACAACUUGAAAAUCGGUGAGCGUGGAGGCAUUUCAAACGACGCAGAGUCUGUGCCCGGCAUUAAUGCAAUUCAAGCUCCAUCUGUGGAGGGUGUGCUGGGACCCGCUACAAUUAGCAAUAGCGAGGGAGGCUUCUUUGACAAACUGGUCACUGUCUUUCGCAAGGGCUUGGAGGUAGGGGGACCAUUCAUGGCGGGCCCUACUCCUCAUAUACAGUUGGAGAUUCUGAACGAAGCAUGGGCACCAUCCGGAGAGGGACGUAUAUCCCAAGCCCAAAUCGCACACAAUUCCGACCUAAAAAAUGACGAAAGUUCUGUCCUCAGUGAUGAUGCGAUUCAAGCCCCAGUUGUGGAGGGUGUGUUGGGACCGACCGCAAUUAGCAAUAGCGAGACAAGCUUCUCUGAUGAACUGCUCUCUUUCAUUCACAAGUCGGUGAAAACUAUGGAACCAUUGACUCGCAAGGCCUCUUAUGAGGUUGUGAAAAAGGGAUGGCCAACUUGGAGAGAGCAAAGUGUGUCCCUAGCCCAAACCGAGAAUAAUUCUGACCUAAAUACUGCUGUCCUGCUCACCCAGAGAGCCGUUAUGGCAGAGGCAGCCCUUUGUGCUGUCAUCAAACUUGAAACGAAUGACGUUGCCCGCGUUUCUAAUUCCCAGAAGGAAUCCCAGUUCGGCGCUCAAGGGUUUUUUGACAGCAUCAAAUCUAUGGCCCAGGUCAUUGGUGAUGCCGUGUCCGAGGCCGCCCCGAAGGUAAUGAACGCUAUUUUGCCAAUCGCGGUACGUGCCUUGGGUAAGGAAAUUGCAGUGUCAUCUUCGAAUGACGAUGAUAUCCCGGCACCUCCAGCGCGCGGCAAAAGGUCACCAUCCAUUGCUGGUAUAAGUGACGAUCACAACCUCGGCUCCGCUUUGGAGCUGAGUGCCUUGUCUCUAUAA